AUGGGGUCACACGCGUCCGAAAGACCCACUGCAAGAGGGGAAGAAGCAGAUAUGCUGGAGCUAUGGCUUGAUAGCAAUCCUUACCAAAGACGCAAACGGUGGAGGAACAUGGGAAACGAGACGGGUCGGGACUCUUGGAUACAAACGGCGUGCUGCCGAGCUAUCUGGGUUUCCAACCAAGUGCUCACCUUCGCAGCUCCUCAGCCGGUGACCGUGUUAUCCCUGGAGAGGUACCUGAAGGAUACCACCAAGAAGACACGCGCCAGCUACUUUUCUGUUAGCAGGGUAUCCACGCGUACCUCUUCCUCCAGAGAAGUGACCACUCCUGAUCCUUCUGCUACUCCUGGUCCUUCCACCAGCCAGGCGACCACUUCUGCCGGUGCCACCAACGAGGCGCCCAGUCCCAAUUUUUCAACCAGCGAGGAGCGCACUCGUGCCUCUUCCCUCACCAAGGUACCCAAGCGUACUGGCUUCCAAUACUUCUAUGAUGUGACUAUCUCCGACGGUGUGUAUCGGGAGAGGUGCUUUCUGGCCCCUGAGUUGAGCCGCUUGGUGCACACAAAUGCCCUUCGCUGUGGCCUGCGGGUGAAAAUCACAGAGGCUUCGUGCGCUUUCUUUAAGAAGAUUAAUAGCUGGGUUAUGUGCAUAGAACAGAUUGAAGUUGUUGGCGCGGCCAGUAGAUUUGAUGCUGCCCUAGGACUAGAACUUCCUGAGUACAUGAUGAAGUCGCAUAUGCCGCUGACUGGAAGCUGGAAAUAUUAUCUUCCACUGUGGAAUAAUGAAGAUCCGUACGGGGACAUAUGGCUGGAGAAAAAGGCUUCACAAAAUGACUUGGUGGAUGACUCUGCGAUUAAAACAUUGCAUGAUUUGCAGAAAGAAUUUGGCCACAAAAUAGGCAAUAAGAUUAAAAUUGGCACCCAUCCUAUUAUCAUUAAAAUAACCCACAAGGGGAGACUUCAGUACUACGGAAAGUCCACUCUGGCUGUUGAUAAGCCGUACCAGGCAUCCUUCAGAGUGGCUGAUCAUACCGGUUCUAUGGCCAUGGUGCUGUGGAACGACUUGUGUUGUGAAUGGUACAACAGUUUGGAGGUUGGCACUGUGCUGUUUCUUGAAAACUAUGGUGUUAAAAGAAGUCACCCUUUUAAAACACAGCCAACUCUUGGAGCCAUUGGCAUGAAGAAAUCGUUCUCAAUAGAACUAACUGUCAAAUGUGGGCAAAGGCCCACAUUGAUAGUAAUACCAAAUGGUGAUAUCAAGUCAAGGUGGAGACUUCCCAAAUUAAAUUUUCGCUUUGUAACCAGAUCCAAGCUGCCUGUCACACCAUACAUUGACGACUGCGAUGUAGUUGGGCUUGUGAAAUUUGUGGGAAGGACAGAGCGCACAAGAACUACAGAGCACAGAGAAGACUUUUUGAUCCAUCGUUGGGUGAUGGUCGCUGAUGGAACCUCAGAUCAGACUUUCAUUCUGCAAUUGUUUUCUUCAUCUCAGCCUGACAUAUUUGAGAAAAUUCACCCAAUGUCACAUCUCGUAUGUACACACAUGAAGGUGAUCCGACAGAUUGCAGAGAAUGGCUCCACUACAUCUUACCUGCAAACUACUGAUCAAAGUCAAAUGUUUAUUUCAGAGUGGCACAAAGGCCAGCCCUAUGAAAAAGAAGCCAGAGUAAAAAGCAUUGCUCAGUGGAUGAGAACUCAGGAAGAACAUUCUCAUCUGAAGGAAACUUCCAUUGGCGGAUAUUAUCCUUUGCCACCAGCUCCAGACACUUUUCUGAAGUACUGUAAAACUGCUUCAGUUGAACAAGUGUUGAAAACCGUCGAUGAAAUUGGGGAGGAGAUUGAAAAACUGCAUUACAGGGAGCACAAACGCAUUGCUAUUCAGGGGAUAAUUGGUGCUAUAAAAUAUAUCGACUGCACCAAGAUAUCUUCUGAUGCCUCAGUCGGGACACCAGAACAGGUCAGCCAGGAACCUGCAGCAGGAACUUCUGCCCAAACCUCCCUAUCACCCGAACAGCAACCUACAGAACCCAGAAAGUGUCGAGCAAAGAGAAAGAAUAGGACUGUGGGGUCGGAUGAAGAUGAGCAGGAUGCAUCGGCUGCAGAAACAAGUGCUCCAGUGCGAAAGAAGCGCAGGAGAACUAGAAGAGCUUCCAAAAAGAAGCAUCCCAAAUGUCCACCAGGUUCCUGGGAAAACAGCUUCUGGGCUGGAAUAAAAGACAGCUUGGAGCAGCACUUGCAUUGCAGCAGCGUUUUCCAGGAAAGCUUUCCUUCGAAAUUUAAUUAUGAAAAGUCAGAUUUUCUCAUGCAACUGUACAAUCUCCAAGCAUCCAAAUACAAAGAUGUACCAACUGCAGAAGCUCAAACUGAAUAUGCCUGUCCUUAUGAAUACUAUCAAGUGACUAUUGUCGGAUUGGAUUAUGACACAGCUAUAGAUGUCGCCCUCCUGCCUGUGUGUUACUCUGAGAAUUCAGAUUUACUUCAAGCAGCGGGCAUGCACUGUUCUACGCUGGAGUUGCCUCACACCUCAAGUCAGCAGAAGACUGCUCGUGGACUUUCUCGUGGUGGGCUGAGGAGAAAACCUCUCAUCUGUAUCCUGGAUGUCUGCUCUUUGGGGGAAGACAAAGUUGAAGUCUUUCUUAACAAAGUGUAUGUGGCCGAAGAGUGA